AUGAAGAAUCUUGAUGUUUACGCGCGUAACGUAAAUACGACACAAAUAUUUACUCAACAAGUCAGGGUGAAAGGAAUGCGCGCAUCUCGUACGUUAUUGUUUACCACUUUCACCUACCUGAGCGUUUUGUUCGACGAGAAUGACUAUAUGAGAAGUUUAAUAAUGUUUAAAACUUUGUUUCACAAUGAACACGGGAAUCCGUCAAAGAGAGCCGUUGGCGAAAAGUUAAUUAAG